AAAUGUCACGAAAUAUUCAGGAUAAACUCCAGAAAUAUUCAGUAUAAACAACGAAAUUUCUGUAGUUUAUCCGAAAAUAUCCAUCACAUUUUACAAAACUCAGUUUCGUAAAGAGCUGUAUCCGCUACUCCGUCACAGUUUUGUAAAAUAUACUGAAUUAAUUUUUUUCGUGUACAAAAUUAAAAUAAGGAAUUUACUUAAGAUUUUCUUUAAAUAUGUUGCUUCAUUAGAAAAAAUUUGAGGUUUUCAUCGUGUUCCCAAUUAUAACUUAAAAUAUAGGUAUACAUUUAUUUCCAAUAGUAACUUCAUGCUGUAUGUCUCAGUAAUGUAUGUUAUUUUUGUCAUUUUAAGUUUGAUUACUGUUAGCAACUAUCGCAUAUAUAUGUAUAGGGUCCUAAAUGUAGGGUGACACCUUGGCACCAAUUUAUUAAACUUAAUGCCUAGGGGGACUAAUGUAGAUCACAAUAUUGAGGCUUGUCGUCAGUGGCCUGCAAAAGGUUUGAUACUUAUUCUCUAAUCUUGACUUGAAAUUAAUUUCUACAAAUUUUUAACUUGGAAUAUGUUAAUAUAACAAUGUCUUCGAGUAAUAUAACUGAAAGAAAACAGACAGAUGUCUGUAAAGAAACCGAGUCGAUUAUUUGUAGCAAGGAUGAUGCAGAUUUUCGAUUCGAAGCAAUCCACUGUCUACAGACUAGUGCUGUUAUAAAAAAUGAUAAUUUACCGGAACGUGGAGCAUGGGGUAGCAAGGUCGAGUUCAUUUUGUCAGUUGUAGGAUUGGCAAUCGGAUUAGGUAAUUUAUGGAGAUUUCCAUACCUUUGUUACAAAAACGGAGGAGGUGCAUUUAUGGUUCCAUAUUUUAUUGCUCUUGCUUUGGCAGGGGUUCCUAUGUUUUUAAUGGAACUUUCAUUAGGUCAAAUGAUGACAACAGGAGGUUUAGGAGUCUUUAAAAUUGCUCCAAUUUUUAAAGGAAUUGGAUAUGCAACAUGUGUACUUUCAUGCUGGACUAAUAUAUAUUAUAUUAUAAUUUUGGCGUGGGCUCUUUUUUACUUUUUAGUAUCCCUUCGUGCUGAUGUGCCAUGGAGAACAUGUGAUAAUUCUUGGAAUACACGACUUUGCAUAAGUGCAGGAGAACGACUGAACACACUGUGUUGGAAAGAAAAUAACGAUACAAUAUGCUCUACACCACUAGGAAAUGUUAGCCACUCUAUAAUGAAAGACCCAGUGAAAGAAUUUUGGGAGAGACGAACAUUGCGAAUUUCUACUGGCAUAGAAGAUGUUGGCAGUAUAAGAUGGGAACUGGCUGGCACCCUUGCAAUUGUCUGGAUAAUGUGUUAUUUUUGUAUUUGGAAAGGAGUUAAAUGGACCGGAAAAGUAGUUUACUUUACGGCAUUAUUUCCAUAUGCACUCUUGGCAAUUUUAUUAAUAAGAGGAUUAACUUUACCUGGUGCUUUUGAAGGUUUAAGAUACUAUGCAACACCAAAUCUCUCAAAGCUUGGGGACCCAGAGGUAUGGAUAGAUGCCGUAACUCAAAUAUUUUUUUCCUAUGCUUUGGGACUUGGAGCUCUUGUUGCUUUGGGUAGUUACAACAAAUUCAAUAACAACGUUUAUAAAGAUGCCUUAAUUGUAUGCUGUGUGAACUCUGGAACAAGUAUUUUGAGCGGUGUUGUUAUUUUUUCGGUUGUUGGUUUUAUGGCCCAUGAACAACAAAAGCCUGUUGCAGAAGUAGCAGCUUCUGGUCCUGGAUUGGCAUUUCUAGUUUAUCCAUCUGCAGUUUUACAGUUACCAGGAGCAUCAAUUUGGUCCUGCUUAUUUUUCUUCAUGCUUCUUUUAAUUGGUCUUGACAGUCAGUUCUGCACUGUAGAAGGUUUUAUAACAGCAGUAGUUGAUGAAUGGCCAAAUCUUCUGAGAAAAAGGAAAGAAAUAUUCAUCGCUAUUGUUUGCUUUUUGUCUUACUUGAUUGGACUUUUAUGUAUAACAGAUGGAGGCAUGUACGUGUUUCAACUUUUGGACUCUUAUGCAGUAAGCGGAUUUUGUCUUCUCUUCCUUAUGUUCUCUGAAUGCAUAGCAGUUUCAUGGGCCUUUGGUGUUAAUAGAUUUUAUGAUGGUCUUCGAGACAUGAUUGGUUACUAUCCAUGUUUCUGGUGGAAAAUAUGCUGGACUGUCACAACACCAGCUAUAUGUAUUGGUGUUUUCAUAUUUAACUUAAUCAAAUUUGUGCCCGUUAAAUAUCUAAAUUAUGAAUAUCCUUGGUGGAGUCACAUGCUGGGAUGGCUAUGUGGUUUGUCGUCGAUGAUAAUGAUUCCUGGAUAUAUGCUUUAUAUUUGGUUUGCUUCAUCUGGGAGUAGUUCAGAGAAAUUUCGAAAAUUGGUACGGAUAGAUGAUGAUAUUGCGACUUUACGAAUGAAAUUUAAUGCCACCACAAAUACUGAAAUGAAAUCUGAAUCUAUUCUGAUUUAACAGAGACGGUAUUGGCCCAUUCUGGAAUCGCUGUAUUAGGUAAAGAAAAAGAAGCCAUUACGUGUUUAACUUGAUUGAUUUUAUCUGCAUCCAUAUCAAUAUUUGAGAAAUUACAAGAAGACGACCAAACUUGCACUGUCUCUGACUGUAUUAUCUAUAAAAUGUAAUUUAAUGUAAAAUAAACUUGUAUAUUUUCAAUA